UCUUGAAUUGCUGUCUUAUACAUAUUUUUUCUUGCUUUUGUAGCUAUAUAUAUUACAUAGACUGAUCGGAGUCUCUCACGAAAAUUACAGAGAGGAAAGCCAUGGAGUCUCCUCUCGCUUUCUUGGCCAUUUUCUCGCUUCUCUUCUUGGCCAGUGUAGAGGCAAGAAAACACCCAGGAGAAGACUGGAGUAAGGGCCCAGCAACUUUGAGGAAGAAGCAGCCGGCCGUGGUAGAAUCAGCUGAUUCUACAAUGAAUGAUCAGACAUCAACUCUCUACAUCGCCAAUGUAGAAAACUGUGAAGAAGCAAAAGACAGCCCAGUUGUGGAGAGAGGGGCUUCAAAAGAAGAAGGGAUAAUCAACCUAUCUCCUUUUCUUGUUGGAGAAACAGCAGAGGAUAUGAGCAAGGAGCAGAUUAAUGAUUCAGCUGACUUUGACAAAGAUCUAGAUGGUCCUGCGGAGAAGUUCUGGUUCGUCUUCGACCCGAGGACUGAUGCCACCAUUUAUCAUGAGUAAGGCCUGGGAAGAGGGAGUCCUAUGUCCAUUAAUUAAUAGCAUGCGUGAAGGUGUUUGAUGUUUGUAUUAUUAGUAGAUCUGGUACGAAGAGUGAAAGGUUUCUCUCUUUGUUGAAGAUUUAAUAAAUGGUUGUGUGCAUGGUUUCUCCCUUCA